AGCAGUUUCCAUGCGUACGCGCUCCCUCGUCCCUUUUCGUGCAUUUCCGCUUCGUUGUUGCUCCGCUUCGAGUCAAAACUCCGAUGAAUAUUCUCCGAACGUGUUCGUUUCGGCGGAAUUCGUCAAGUGAAACGGCCAUUUCGAGAACGCAACGCGUUGUUGGGGAGUUUUCGAGUGUUCGGCGGUCGACGAAAUGAUGUCCUCCACGUGGUGCGACAGCAAGAACCUACAGCUGAUAGAGGAAUACAGGAAGCGUCCCUGCCUGUGGGACCCCUCGGACGAUUAUCACAAGAACAUGAUCAGGAAGAACGAGGCUUGGAACGAGAUCGGAGCCGCUUUGGAAUGCAACGUGACGGACGUGAAGAGGAAAAUGGCGUCGAUUCUGGCGUCGUUCAGGCGGGAGCGAAAGCGAGAGUGCUCGAGCCGUUGGUACGCCUUCAGUCAUUUGAGUUUCCUUUUGGAUAAGUUCAAGACCAAGACGCCGUCGAUCAAGGGAGCAGAAGAAGAAGACGACUCAACGGAAUGGUGGACUGAGCACGAUGGCCUCAUAGACGAUCCAGACCUCCUGAACGAAUCCGAAUUGGACGACAAGUCCGAAAUUCAGAUCGAUACCAAGGAAAACUUCUCCACUCAAUUGAUCCAAACGAACAAUUUUGACACGUUCGACAACCUCCCCCAAACAAGACGAACCAGCGCGCCACCCCCGAAAAAAAAGGCCAGAUCCAACGAGUAUUCCAACAACGAUGAAUGCGGCGCGCUGAAUACACAUGUUAGGGGUGGAAGUGGAAUUUCGCCCAAGGCCAAAUCCGUCUCCGAAUUGUUCGUCGCUUAUUUGGCAGCCAAACUGGACACUUACACCGAACAUGAAAGAAAUAUAGUGCAACAUAAGAUAAACGAUGUACUGUUUCAGGCAGAUAUGGGGAAUUUCGCGAAAGUUGAUUCCUUGCAGGGAAAUCACAAGGCAUGAUUUCUUCCAUGAAAAAUAGAAUGUACAGUUGUUGUUUGAUACUACUCGCCUUUGUAAAUAUGAUCAUUGUACCGAUUUUGAGAAAAGCGGCCUGAAAUAACUGUAGGAUGUAUGAACUUGUUCGUACUCAAGCACAAUAAUAGGCAUAUACAGGGUGUAUUUGAAGGUGGAGCUUUUUUUUCAACAGAAGGUAGAACUGGUCAAAAUGAAGCGUUUCACCAAUGCCAAAGUUGAAAAAAAUUGAAAAUGAUUACUGAAAUAG